AACCCACAUCUUCUCACCCCACUCUCUUGUAUGAGAGUUCCAAAACACUAAGCCUCCCUCUCUCAUUUUUCUUUUCCCUUCUUCUAAAACACCACAUUAUCCCCAUUCACCUUCAUCCAUCAAACAACCUUUAUCACUUUCUUCCUUCUUCCAUCAUACAAGAAUCCCAAAACAUCUAUUUUCUUUUAUUUAUCACCUUCACUCACUCAAGGUAACAUCUACGAAAGGAAUCUAGUUCGGUGCACAGCACAAUACGUCUUGAUAUAAAGUUCGUUUUUCAUGAAUAAAAAAAAGAUCAGUGAAAAAAGAACAUCAAACUGGUUGGACUCAUUUUGCAACUAUGGAUGCAGAAAUUCCCAAUCUUGGAAGCUCCUUACCGGUUCCUUCCGUGAAGGAGUUAGUAAAGCAACCAAUGAAAAAUGUUCCAGAAAGAUAUAUUCAUCCCAAUGAAGAUCCUCUUUCUGUACCUUACACAACAUCUUUGCCUCAAAUUCCUGUCAUUGACUUGAGUAAAUUGUUGUCUGAAGAUGCAACUGAACUAGAAAAACUAGACCAUGCAUGCAAAGAAUGGGGUUUCUUCCAGCUUAUUAAUCAUGGAGUCGACCCUUCAUUGAUAGAAAAUGUGAAGAUAGGUGUACAAGAAUUCUUCAAUCUUCCAAUGGAAGAGAAAAAGUUGUUUUGGCAAAAACCAGGAGAAAUAGAGGGAUUUGGUCAGACGUUUGUUGUAUCAGAGGAACAAAAGCUAAACUGGGCAGACAUAUUCACUAUACACACUUUUCCAUUAAAGAUAAGAAAUCCUCGCUUAUUUCCUAGUAUUCCUCAACCAUUCAGAGAUAACUUAGAGUCCUACAUUUUAAGAAUGAAAAUCAUUUGCAUCACAAUAAUGGGCCUUGUGGAAAAAUUGCUAAAGAUCAAACCCAAUGAAUUGAUUGAUUUGUUUGAAGAUAUAGAUAUGGGUCAAUCAAUAAGGAUGAACUAUUACCCUCCAUGCCCCCAGCCAGAAAAUGUAAUUGGACUGAAUCCUCAUUCUGAUGCUGGUGCCCUUACAAUCCUCCUCCAACUCAAUGAAAUGGAAGGUCUUCAAAUACGAAAAGAUGGCAUGUGGAUUCCUAUUAAACCCCAUUAUAAUGCUUUUGUCAUAAAUGUUGGUGACUUUUUGGAGAUACUGACCAAUGGAAUUUACCGUAGUGUUGAACAUAGAGCAAUAAUUAACAAUGUUAAGGAGAGGAUGUCCCUUGCCGUAUUUCACAAGCCUGACUUGAACAGAGUCAUAGGUCCAGUUCCAACCCUUGUUAAACCUGGAAGACCAGCUAUGUUCAAAAGAUUUGUUGUUGCAGAUUACUACAAAGGAUACUUUUCACGUGAAUUACAAGGGAAAUCAUACCUUGAUACUAUGAGGAUUCAAAAUGAGGACUUUUCAUAGGAUGGAGCAAAUGAAAAUUGUACACUCAACAAACCAUAGCUAAUAUACAACAAUAAUGUCAGUGAGUAUUUAUGCCUUCUGUAUUGAUUCGUUGUUUAAACACGAGAUACCUUAAAAGCUAUAGUGGAUUGGAAAAAUCAUGUCAUGGGACUUGAAAGGUGUACUUUUGAAUUAGUGAACUAAUAUGCAGUGUGUGAUAUUUGAAAUGCAGGAAUCUAGCCUAUAUUUUUAUGGAUUAGAUUGUUCUAGAUUGAAGUUGUGAAAGUGGAAAAUUUACACGAUGAUCUAAUUAAUCAAAAAAUUACACUUUUAAGAACUAUUUAUUAAAA